CCUGCGCGCCGCGGCCCAGCCGCCAUGGCCGUGCUCUACUGCCGGCUGUGCCGCCGGAGCGCCUUCACGGGCCGCCGGCACCGCUACAGCGCAGGGCAUCGCCAGCGGCUCCGGGAGGUGGUAGCUCAGCUGCAGGAGGCCACGGCGGCGGCGCGGGCAGCGGCGGCCGCGGCCGCGGCCGAUGGGGCCUCGGCCGUGCGGCGCUACGACCCAACGGAGCACGAUGGGCGCGUGUGGUGCCCGUGCUGCGGGCGCGGCGUGCGGCGGGACGGGCGGCGCGGCGGGCUGGCGCUGCUGCAAGCCGGGCUGAUGCAGCACUUGGCCGGGCCCGAGCACCACCGGGAGACGGCGCGGUUCUGGCGGGAGAACCGGGCGGAGGCGGCGCUGCGGGAGCGGUGCCUGGUGCCGGCCGAGGAGUACGAGCACUUCGCGCAGGCUCUGGAGCGGGCGCUGGCCGAGCACCAGCAGCGGGAGGAGGAGCGCAUCCUCCAGAUGGCGGCUGACAUCCGGGAGGCCGAGCGCCGGCAGCGAGAGACGGUGCAAGCGGCGCUCCAGCUUCAACCAGAGUCAGAACUUUGUGCAGGACCUUCUGUCUACAGGCUCCCCGCAGGACCUGAACGGGACAGCCCUUGUGCUGCAGAAGAGCCUGGCCCAAGCAGAAUGCAGACAGGACCUGAUUUAGCCUGGAUGGAAUCAGGCAAGGUUCUGACCUUCAUUGGCCACCAGGAAACAGAAGGGAAAGGAAAUGUCCACACGGGAGCAAAACCUCCGUGGCUAAUAGAGGAGGAAGAUGGAAGUCAACAACAAAUUGGACCUUCCUAUGAGGAAUUUCUCAAGCACAAGGAGAAGCAAAAGCUGAAAAAGCUCCCAGUGGAACGUGUUGGUGCCAACUUUGACCAUACCUGUGAGACAAGUGACAGCUGGCUCCCUUCCUUUGGGCGUGUAUGGAAUCAUGGCAGGAGGUGGCAGUCCCGGCAUCAGUUUAGAACUGAAUCAGGGGAAAAGAAGAAAAAAAGGUGAUUAGAUGAGGAACAACAGAUACCCAGUUCUGUGGAAAGGUUGACUGUAGCUGCAAUUUUGUUGCUGACUGCCCUGCAAGGACACACAGUAGUGUCCAUGUGAGCAUCACAUUUAAAGCCACACAAAGUCAGGUCCUGCCAGCAAGGACAGGCUCCUGUGGAUGCUGUAUCUUCCCUAUCAGAAAGUCUACUUUGUACAGCAAGUGAUGCCAGUGGCCCAUGCCCACUAAAGAAAGAGUUUUCAGAGAAAUAAACUUUUUUUUUUUUUUAAAUGCCUCUGUGUUUGUAGACCAUUUGAAACUCAUUGCAAAUGCCAACCCCACCCUGCAGGCAACUAACACCAGCUGUCUGAUAUUUUCAUUCAAAUUUAUAUUGCUUUCCUUCAUGCUAACAUUCAUCCUUUACAUUGUCUAACAUCACUGGCUGCUGUAGGUUAUGCAGAAGUUUCUUCCCUUUCAGCAACACAUCUGUAACACUAAUAAAGACAAAAAC